GCUGUCUUAUCAAUUUCUUUAAACUAGAGCAGGCAAAAGAAGUAAAAAAUUACCCAGUUUUAGAUUUUGAUAUUAUAACUACUGAUGAAUCUCAACUGGGGCGGAAGAUUCGGAAAGGUGUGUCUGAUCACCACCAACUUCUUAUUUACUGGAGUGGGACUAAUGCUGGUCACUGUGGGGGUCCUAGCUGUAAGGGACAUAUCAAUCGUAAACAAAGACAAAAUCAAACCUCUUCUGGACUCUCUCGCAGUGGAUUCCUUCAGCGUGGGCGUGGUCAACAGUCUGUCAAUCAUUAUCAUAGUAGUCGGGGUCUUCAUUUUCUUUGUGGCUGGACUGGGUAUAUAUGGCGCCUUUUGUCAAAAUAAAUACGUGCUUGUAACGUACGUGAGCAUAGUUGUGAUGUUAUUUUUGACGAAAAUUGUAGUCAUUGCUCUUUGUGUCACAGUGCAAAACACGAUGGAGAGAGAAAUUAAAGCCAAAAUGAUUGAAGUUUUCAACAAAAACUUUAUAGAGGAUACAAUUACCAGCAACAAUUCUCUCUCAAACACUUGGAAUUGCAUGUUUAUGACGCUGGAUUGUUGUGGCGUUAAUCCUGUUGUAUCAACGACAAAUGAUUUUGAUCUGACGUAUUGGUGUACGACUUCAGGAAGCUGCGAGGAUACUAUUUCACAAAUUCCAAGAACCUGUUGCACCAACGUUGACGAAAACACGUAUACUUCAGCUCCAAUUGGCUGUCAUGCAAGCGUAAAUAAAGGAACCUAUAAUCAAAAGGGAUGUUACGACGUAUUGAAGGAUACGCUGCAGUCUCAGUCCCAGAGUGUCAUCGGUGUUGUUGUUACCAUUAUACUUAUCGAGAUCGUCGCUGUGAUCUUCGCAAUUUUGAUCUAUUGUCAAAUACAAGAUUCAUAAACCACCACGAUGUUUAAUCAACGCGUGCCUCCUGUGUGUGCAUUGGCCUACAAGAUGGGGGCAAAGGAUAGACGAUGGGCUGAUAAGUUAAAGUGCUUCACAUCAUGAUACUCAAACAAAUAAUUCUUCUGCACAGUAGAGGUGUUUGUAGGAUAAUCCUAAUGCCAUGACUUUUGAUUUGCCUAAUGUCUACAAGAAGCAUCUACGCUGCAGUGUUUUUUUAAAUAUGUUAUCAUUUCUUAGUCAGAGAAUGUCUUAAUACAUGAAAAAUUAUUAUUUGUACACAUUUUCCUACAGCUUUCUUUUCUGUAGACCUUCGUUAAAUUAACCUGUUUUCAUUCAUAUUUUAUUAUAACUGUAUUAAGGAUACUUUGAGUGUUUAUUGUUGUUGGAUAGGUGCCAAAAUAGCUAAAUCAAAAUAUGUAUUGUGAA